UCUGCCUUCAGUGACAAAGCGUUCUAGAAAGCUUUGAAAUGAGUUUGAAAGUGAUUGCCAUCAUUUAUGUACUUGUCAUCCUUGUGAUUGAGCAGUCUGUAUCAGGCUUCACUCUAGAUCCAGCCAGAUCAGGUCGGAAAUGUAAAUGCUUGAAAGAGACAAGGAGCUUCAUUUCUCCUGAUCAGUAUGAAAAGGUGGAAAUUUUCGCUCCUGCAAGUAAUUGUCCAAAAGCUGAAAUCUUGAUUACACUGAAAACAGGUGGAAUGGUGUGUGUUGAUAUAGACGCCAAGUGGGUUAAAAGACUUAUAGAAGCUCUAAUUGCGAAAAAAGACAAAGUUAAGUCACAGAAAACAACAAAAGCAUCCAUUAAAAAGAAUUAAAUAACCAGACUAAAUACAUUUAUUUUACAUUGUGUUUAACCAUCUAACAGCAUGUAUUAGAUACUGUGAUGCACAAAUAGUCUUUGCUUUAGAUGUCUCUGUAAACUAUGUAUUUCUUUUAAUGUUUUAAACAGACAGUUGACCUGUUCACAUAGCACAAACGACUGUUAAAUAUCUUUCUAGGGCCUCGAUGUAAUAUUUUGGGAUAAGCUUUUGAAAUUAUUUAAUAUU